AUGGCUAAAACUAGAGACGGCAUCGUUAAACGAUCUGUUCCUAAGGCUUCUAAAAAUAAGAAACGAAAGACUGUAGAAGUUUCCAAAUCUUCAAAAAAGAAAAAAAUUAUAGUUGAAGAACCUGAGUCUAACUCGAAUUCUGAUAUAAUGGCUGAGAUUCACAACUAUGAGGUUUGGAUAUAUGAGGCUUUUCCUCAUCUUGAUAAGUAUGCUAAGAAGUCCUUGGAUUCUUCUCUGUUCAUUCCCCAUUGUGCACCCAUACCUACACCUACUGUACGUGAGACAAAAGAAAAUUACAUGGCAACAUUAAAGCCAUAUGCAGAUGAAGUGAAGGACACGGCCAUUGAUGCCUUAAAGGCCAAUUUGAAAGGUGUCAUUGUCCUCACUUCAACAGUACAAAACGAGGAAGAUGAAGUAUUGGGUGAUAACAAUUCUAACCAACCUUUGAGAAUUCUGUUUCAAGUGGACAGAAAAAUAUACCGAGAAAUUCAGUUGAUGAAGACUAUACAGCACCAACAGUCGAUGAAUAUGGUGUUGCAGUUUGAUGAAAUCCUUCCAUUAGCAAUAGUCGAUGAAGCUCUUGUUGUUAUUGAUGAAUACUUUGCAGAAGAAGUUAAUAAAGUUGUAGAAGAGAUGAAGGAAGAAGAGAAAGAACAAGAGGAGGAGAAGAUGGCAAAAAAAGAAGAAGAAAAAGAAGGGGAGAAACUGGAAGAAAAUGAAGAAGAAAAAAAAGAGGAGAAGUUGACAGUUGGUUUUGAUAAAUUAGUUUUUGGUGGUUGA